CUGACUUAUCAUAUAUCAUGGGAAGAACAGAAAGGACUUAUUUUGAGGCGAGGGAUGGAUAUAAAUAUCAGAUGUCAAUAAGGCCGGUAAGCUAAGAGAGGUGAGCUUCGGUUUCAUUUAAUUAAGCGUGAUCUGAGCUAGCUGCCGGAGCUAAGGCCGGCCGGUGGGUAGCAGAAGAUCAGAUAUGAUGAAGAGAGCUGGCGAUGAUCAGAGUGUGGUGGAUGAAGAUUUCAGUUUGGGAAAGCUUUCAAAAUAUAUCCUCCCUCCCCUUGGCUCUUCACAAAUGACCCUCCAGGCUUCUCCGGGAAUAAAGCUCAUCUCUCCGAUGGAUUCUAGAUACAGGUGUUGGGAGGCAUGGAUGGUGGGUCUGGUGGCAUACUCUGCAUGGGUGUGCCCAUUCGAGAUUGCAUUCCUGGGAAACGGGACGAGUAACCGGCAGCUGUACGUCGUUGACAACCUCGUUGACUUGUUUUUCGCCGUUGACAUCGUCCUCACUUUCUUCGUCGCCUACAUUGAUAACACCACUCACCUCCUUGUUCGACAUCCUACUAAAAUUGCUACCAGGUAUCUCUCGACGUGGUUCUUGAUGGAUGUAGCAUCAACUAUUCCAUUCGAGCUCGUGACAUCAUUUUUCGUCACUCGGAAAAAUCAGCUAGGUAUCUGUUAUUCCGUCAUAGGAAUGCUAAGAUUAUGGCGGCUCCGAAGAGUUAGCUCCUUCUUGACCAGGCUAGAGAAGGACAUUAGGUUCAACUAUUUUUGGGUUAGAUGUGGCAGGCUUCUAUUUCAUGCAGGUAACAUUGUUGAUGGUGCAUUGUGCGGGUUGCCUCUAUUACUUUCUAGCAGAUAGAUAUCCACACCAAGGGAGAAAUUGGCUUGGAUCUUUUAAUCUCAAAGAUGAAAGCCUAACAAUUCGAUAUAUUUCUGCUUUAUAUUGGUCCAUUACCACCAUGACUACCGUUGGCUAUGGAGACGUCCAUGCAGUCAACACUUUGGAGAUGAUCUUCAUCAUCUUAUAUCUGCUCUUCAAUCUUGGCCUUACUUCUUAUAUUAUUGGCAACAUGACUAAUCUUGUCGUUGAAGGGACGCGCCGAACAAUGGAAUUUAGAAAUAACAUUGAAGAAGCAUCAAAUUUUGUGGGACGGAACCACUUACCUGCAAGGUUGAAGGAGCAGAUCUUGGGUUUCAUGUGUCUAAGAUUUAGGGCAGAAAGAUUAAACCGACAGACAUUGAUUGAACAACUUCCCAAAACAAUAUGCAAAAGUAUUAGCCAACAUUUGUUUCUACCAACAGUCGAGCGAGUUUAUCUAUUCAGUGGAGUUUCAAGAGACACUUUGUUGCUCCUGGUUGCUGAUAUGAAGGCAGAGUACAUUCCUCCUAGGGAGGAUGUGAUAAUGAAGAAUGAAUCAUGUGACGAUGUUUAUAUUAUUGUAUCAGGGGAAGUGGAUAUGAUUGAAGGAGAGAUGGAGAAUGAAAAACCUGUUUAUACUUUGAAAUCUGGAGAUAUGUUCGGGGACAUUGGUGCCUUUUGUUGCAACAAUCCUCCAAGUUUUACAUAUCGAACUAAGACUCUGUCUCAACUUCUUAAGUUAAAAACUGCUAUUCUUAUUCAUGUUAUGCAAAUUAAACUUGAAGAUAAUAUUACAAUUAUCAAAAACUUUCUUCAGUACCACAAAAUGCUGAGGGAUCUCAAUCCAGACGAUUUGUUUAUUGACAUCCGGAGAGAAGACGGGGAUCCAAACAACUUUAUUAACUUGUUCACAGUAGUGGCUACAGGCAAUGCAACUUUUCUUGAUGAACUGCUAAAGUCAGGAAUGGAUGCUAAUAUUAGAGACUCUAAAGGAAAGACUCUAUUGCACAUUGCAGCAUCAAAAGGGUAUGAAGAGUGUGUAAGAGUUCUCCAUAAACAUGGAUGUAACAUUCAUUUGAAAGAUGUGGAAGGUAAUACAGCACUAUGGGAUGCUAUAACUGCAAACCAACAUUCCACAUUUAGUAUUUUGUACCAAUGGGCAUCAUCCAUCUCUGAUCCAUACGUAGCUGGAGAUCUCUUAUGCAAAGCAGCAAAGAUGGGUGAUUCUUCUACAAUGCAACGACUUUUGAAACACGGACUUCAUGUGGAUUCGAGAGGCAGCGAUGGAAUGACUGCCAUGCAAGUAUCGGUGGCUGAAGGCAAUGCAUCCAUGAUAAAACUCCUGAUAAUGAAUGGGGCAGAGAUUGAUGAUUUAACUAGCCACAUGUUUAUAAUGCCUGACAUCGUGAAUGGUGUUGUAAUUUCAAGGUGGGCUAAGGAAGAACAUAAUAAAAGUGCUAUGCAACAAUGUUGUGUUAGAGUUAGCAUCUAUAGAGGGCAUCCUAAGAUGAGGCGUGAAACACACUGUACUGAAUCUGGGAGGCUAAUCAAACUUCCAAACACGAUAGUUGAGCUAAAGAUGAUUGCAGGUGAGAAGUUUGGAUUUGACGCAACAAAUGCAUUUCUUACUGAUGAAGAAGGAAUAAUAAUUGAUUCCAUAGAGGUGAUUAGAGAUAAUGAAAAACUUUUUAUAGUUUUAGACUCCCAUAUCUAAGUUUAGCAAGCAUAAUCAUGUCGAGUUGUGAUCAAAUAUCUCUUAUGUAUGGUUGUGCCAAUAAUAUAUUGUAUCUUUUCUUAUUUUAUCAAAAAAGCAUUUGCAUGUGAAGUGUGUAAAUUUUAUUCUUGCUUGAGAUUAUCUAAUCGACUAGGAUUGACUAUUGAG